UGUUCUAUUAAAAUUGUAAAAAUCAGUUAUAGUCAAAAUAAAAUCACAAAAACUUCACUUAUUGGUUUACAAAUGUUUAGUCAAAAGAUAAAAAAAAGUUUAUUUAAAAGCAUUGCCUUCCACACUCAAUCUUCUUGCAGGUACGUACGUAGUGGUCUUCUUCCCAACUUUGAUUUCAUGUUUAAGCUUUUAUUUAUUUUUUUCUUUUUUCACAAGCUUUUAUUUCAUGUUCUUCCAUGUUUGCUAUUAUCUUUUAUUAUAUUUUGUUUUUGUUUUUAUAACUGAAAAUCAAAAGAUUUACAGUGUAUUUUAAUUGUAAUUUACAUAUCUUCAAAAUUCAACCAAACAAGCACCCUUCAAUUUAUGCUGAUUUUUUGUCUUGCUAUUUUUUUGUUUUGUGCAUAAUGUAGUUUUUUUUUACCUUGCCGCUUUUCACAUACAGGAAUUCAUAAUAUACAAUAACUGUAUAUAUCGUUUAUAAUAUAAAAACAAAAAUUUGGUCUGGUAAUGGAAAAAGUUGAGAAUGAACUCGGUUAAGAAUCUUCAUUGAAGGUGAGAUGGUAUGAAUUGUGUGAGUGAAUGUGUUAAGAGUCUGUAUCAAAUGUGAGAUAGACAGUACAUGAGUUUAUAAAGGCAAAUCUUCAUUACGGUUUUGUACGAUUGAGUUAGGUCAAACCUCUCAAUUCUAAAAUGAUUUGAACACAUAUGAUGUAGGAUAGUGCUUGAAUAAAACGUCAAACCUCACUCAUGGGUCUCUUAGAGUGGUAGUACCUCUGAAAAGGUGAAUCUGAACCGAAUCGAUUUUCUGAAAAAUGUUGAGAUAAAAACGGUUCUCCUAAAUAUAAAUGGCAAGGAUUUGGCUCAUCGAAUCAACUUGGUUAACCUAUUAAUUUUUGUGAGACGAUUAAAAAAAGUGGGCGGGUUGGCCCAUUUUAUCUAAUAUGCAAUAUUAUAUACAUUUUCUGAGAGAUUGAUGAUUAUGUGCAUUGUUCAUAUUGAUCUUGAAGGGACUAUAAAGUGGUUGCUAAUUACAAGUCAUUGAAGUCAUCAUGGUAUGUCAAGGAUUUACUUCAAAUGGGACCAAACCUUCAUUGGUCAUUUUUGCCAUAGCUAUCUCUCUACUCAUAUUAACAUUCACUUUUGGUCAUUUUGAGUGGUUUUCAAUUAUACUAAAUGGAAGAGAUCUAAAUGUGACAACUGAAGAUUUGCAAACCAAGAAUUGUACAGAGUCGUAUGUUGGUUCAAAAAACAGUUCAUCACCAUCAACAGAAACUGAUGCUGACAAACUCUUAGAUGGGCUUCUCUCUUCUGAAUUUGAUAAAGAAUCAUGCUUAAGCAGAUUUCAAGCUUACUUAUACCACAAGGUAUCGCCUCAUAAACCUUCUCCGUAUCUCAUAUCAAAACUGCGUAGCUAUGAAGAUCUUCACAGAAGAUGUGGACCUCAUAGUAAAGCUUACAAGAGAACCAUGGCAAAGCUCAAUAGAUUCAAAUCCAAGAAAUCCAAUGUUACUAAUGCUACUGGAUCAUGUAAGUACAUAGUAUGGACUGCUGCCAAUGGCUUAGGGAACAGAAUGGUGAGCAUGGCUUCAAUAUUCCUAUAUGCAAUCCUCACCGAUCGAGUCCUACUUGUAGAGUUUCUUGAUGACAUGGUUGGCCUAUUUUGUGAACCAUUCCCCAAUUCAUCAUGGAUAUUGCCUAAAGAUUUUCCUUUUAGUGACAACAGAAAAGUUGAAAUAUAUGAAAGCAUGCUAAAAAGGGACAAGGAAAACACCUCAAAGAAGUUACUAUUACCAUCGACGAUAGGAGUACGUCUCAAUAUGUAUCAUCAUGAUCAUGAAUUUUUUUUCUCUUGUGAUCAUAACCAACAUCUUCUACAUAAAUUACCUCUCUUGAUUGUAACAUCAGAUCAAUAUUUUGUACCAUCUCUUUUUAUGGUUCCGUCGUUUAAACAAGAGCUUAACAAAAUGUUCCCAACCAAAGACACGGUUUUUCAUCAUUUGGGACGUUACCUAUUUCUCCCUUCAAACGAUGUAUGGGGACCGAUCAAAAGAUUCUACCAAGCAUAUUUAGCCAGUGCAGAAGAGAAGAUUGGAAUCCAAAUAAGAGUAUUUCAUCCUAACCGCACAUCAUAUGAAACAAUCAUGGGUCAAGUUUUGAAAUGCACCCAAAAUCACACGAUACUACCUGGUUUUGCAACAAAUAUUUCAAAAGACCCUCCAUUGAAAAAUCAGAUUUUGAAGUCUGUUUUGGUAACAUCAUUAUAUCAAGAAUAUGGUGAGAAUCUCAGGACUAUUUAUUUGAACAAUCCAACCGUCACAGGUGAAAUCAUAGGAGUUUAUCAGCCAAGUCAUGAAGAUCAACAAAAAUUUGGUGAUAAUUUGCACAACAAGAAAGCAUUGACAGACAUCUAUCUAUUAAGUUUGUGUGAUGUUUUAGUAACUAGCUCAGUAUCAACUUUUGGGUAUGUGGCUCAGGGUUUGGGAGGCAUAAAGCCAUUGGUUCUUCGAAAAUUACAAGACAACAAAAUCCCGGAUUCGCCUUGUGUGCAAGAUUUCUCUAUGGAGCCUUGUUUUCAUAAAACUCCUAAACUUGAUUGCAUGGAAAAGCCCAUAGAUAAUAUGGCCACAAUUUUUCCUUACGUGAAGAAAUGUGUUGAUUAUAGAAGGGGUGUCAAGUUGGUCAAUGAUAUUCUAUAG